AGAAACCAAGAUAUCAUAUCCUAAAUUUUUUCUCUUUCUCUUUUCUAUCGCUACCUUUUUCAUACACUACAAAGAAAGAUAAAACAAAAUGACUCUUGGAUUUGACGACGAACUCCCAGAAGAUGUCUAUGUGUUCGAUGCCAUUCGUAAAAACUUGACCUACGAGAAGACUGGUGUUGCUUCUGUUCUCAAGCCUGCCCCCGUGGCCCAGCAUCUUCCUGCUUUCGACUCCAAGGGUAAACCCUGCUUCAAGCCCUAUGUCGGCAGUGGCAAGUUGGAGGGGAAGUAUGCCCUGAUUACAGGUGCGGACAGUGGCAUCGGUCGAUCUAUUGCAACCCUUUACGCGCUAGAAGGCGUGGCUGGCAUCACUAUUGUGUACCGUGACGAAGAGGAGGAUGCGGAUGCCAUGUACACAAAGAACACAAUUGAAGCCCAGAGCAAGUGCAAAAUCCAUCUCAUCGCACGGGAUAUUGGUUAUGAGAAGAACUGCCAGGAAAUCCUAGAUGCUCAUCUUGCUACCUUUGGCCGAAUUGAUAUCCUGGUCAACAAUGCAGCAGAGCAACACAAGGUGUUACGCGUCGAGGAUCUUGUGGCCGACACCGUCGAGCGUACCUUCCGAACAAACGUUUUUGGUCCAAUCUUUAUGACUAAAUUGGUUUGUAACCAUCUGGUGGCUGGUGGUGUGGUGAUCAAUACAGCAUCGAUUGCUGCUUACCGUGGCAUGGAUGUGCUUGUGGACUAUUCUGCAACAAAGGGUGCCGUAGUCUCAUUCACGCGUGCUCUGUCACAGCAGCUAGCACCCCGUCGGAUUCGUGUUAAUGCAGUGGCUCCUGGUCCUGUCUGGACACCCUUGAUUCCCAACACCUUUUCUCAGGAAGAGAUCCAGAACUUUGGCUCCUUCCCUCCCUUUAAGCGUCCAGCCCAGCCUGCAGAGGUGGCUGCUGCUUUUGUCUUCCUGGCUUCGGAUUGUGCUUCAUUUAUCACUGGCCAGGUUAUUCAUCCCAACGGAGGAACUGUUAUCAAUGCCUAAGAAAAUUAGUCAUCGAAUUGUAUUGGAAUCCUGAUGUGUAUUUUAUCAAGUCUUGUAUCAAACCCCCCCAAAAAAAAGAGUAAUAAUAAAAUCUUCUUUUUUUUUUUCAAAAAAAAAUUGAAC